AGCCGAGCGGCCAACUCGACCUCUUCUGCCUUCUCCCGGUCUUCAGAGCCGGGAGUUGCGGUGCAUCUCAGCUUUUACUUCUCGACAUCUCAACGACAGGAGCCCUUUUUCGACCAUGCUGGCCCUUCGGUUCAUGACGCUGUUUGCAACAGCGGCCAUCGUUCAUGGCCAAACCAUCGACAGCCUGGACCCUUGCGCGAAAACGUGCUACAACAGCGUGCUUGCCAAAGGUUUGCCGGGCUGUGCAGCGGACGACCUGGCAUGUCUGUGUCGCAAUCCCGACUUCGGCUUUGGCAUCCAUGACUGUGCUGUUGGGAACUGCCCAGCAAGCUACGUCGCAACAGUCGUACAGGCGGCUUCUGCCUUGUGUGCCACCGCCACGCUACCCCCUGCGGCCCCUGCAACGACCGCAGCGCCAACCAAGCCGACGCCGGCCCCGCCAGCCCCGACCACUCCGGUCUCAAGCGCGGCCGCCCUAACCUCAAGCAGCCCCACACCGGCUGCCGAAACCAGCAGGGCUUCCCAGUCAACCGUCUCUUCGGUCACCUCAACAUCGUCCACAUCAAGCACAACCGAGACUGGAUUAGCCGGCGCAACGUCGGGGGAAACCUCGACGUCUACAACAAGCUCGACCUCGUCGGCAUCGGCCACGCCACUAAGUGGCGAGGCUUCAUCUUCCUCGUCAUCGUCCACCCUCAAUCAGCUAACCACGCCAGCCAAGAUCGGCAUCGGAGUCGGCGCCGUGCUCGGCGUGGCGGCUCUGAGCGUGCUCGCUGUCUACGCGAUUCUGCGGCGCCGUCAGAAGAGGCGGCAGCAGCAGCUGCCGCAGCUACAGCAGCGGAAGCCCGGCAACGCAUCGCUACACAGCCAGAUCAAGAUCUCGGACCCGCUGCCGGGGUCGGGGCGGAGCUACGCACACGACCCCCACUACCAGCACCACGAAAACGGGGCCGGCGAGCUGGAGAUGAAGAGCCACCGCUACGAGGACAUGCUCCCGCGCCAAAAGCCGAGGCACAUGGUCUAAGGCGUGCUUGUUGUACGUGUGUGUAUGUGCAGCUAGUGAAACGGAGACGUACGGAACCAAAAAGAAGACGAAAAUACAAAGAAAUAGUAGAUGGGAUUUUGGCAGCAAAAUACAGGCGGGCCUCGAGUCCCUUCCCGAUGAUAUUUUCCACAAGCAGUCCCUAGGGUCCGUCCUGUAGCACGCACAGAGAUUUUUGGCCCACGUCAUAUCUUGGCUGCAGCUGGGUCAUGCUGAGGCGACUUGUCAUGGGGGGACAAGCAAGGUGCGACGGCAGCCACCUGCCAUCUUUUGAUGAUAUUACGAAUCACGAGGGGCUAUCAUAGAUACCGGGGCGGGUGUGGCG